UCACCUCCACUUCUCGCCUUUCUUCACUUCAGACGCUGGACUUCCUGUGAAAGGUAAACAAAUGGAACACCAAACACCGACCUGUCAAAUGAUUCAAAAUGUAACCCGCAAGCGGGUGUUUAAAGGAGCGAAAUGCCUGGACAGAAAAGAAAAUACAACGUUCGUUUUCCACCCGGUCGCAUUAAGAAAAUCAUGCAGAAAGAUACGGAGGUGGGCAGAAUGGCCACUGCUGUUCCGGUUAUCAUAUCUAAAGCUCUGGAAAUGUUCUUGAUCUCAUUGCUCACCAAGACCAGCUUAAUCACUCAGUCCAAGAACAGCAGAGUCAUGUCCAUCAACCACAUGAAACAGUGCAUUGAGUCUGAGAAGCUGUUUGACUUCCUGAAGGAGCUUGCGGAACAGGCCUCCGGCUCGUCAGCAGCCAAGGAAAGCAAAGCCAAGGGCAAGUGUUUGGGGCACAGAAAGAAGUGGCACAACAUGGCCAUCAAAACCAAGUCACCAGAGAAGGAGGAGCUGCCCAAGAGGCAUAACACUGAGCCUUCAGACUCCUCUAGUGAGUCUGAGCUUGUGAUCUGCUUGGAGACACAGUCACCUUGAUACCAGCCGCUGAAAUACUGGCUCUGUAGCUCACCUCAGUGAAAACUGCAGCAAUAUUUAUGAAGACCCAACAAGUUUUUCUUUUAAUAUUUCCCAGAAAAAAAAUUUUUAAUUUGUAAUUUUUUGCUACCGAGGCUGAAUUAAAAUGCAAAGAAAACUAAAAUAUGACAAAAAGCUUAGAAUUUGAUAAAACAAAAAUGUCACUAUAUAUUUGUGAAAAUGUUAAUGCAAAUAUCUUGAUGUUCAUGACUUUAGUAUGUUUUAAAUCCUUGUAAGGAAAAUGACUUUGUGUUUAUGCUGUAAGGGAGAUAUUUUUUCUAUUCUGAGCACUACUGCUACUUUUUUCUUUUCCUCUGUUGGAUUCAUAACUGUUGUUGAACCUGCGACUGUCUAAUGUGUUAAAGAGCUAAUGAAAUAUCAAUGCUAUUGAAGUACAGAACUGUUCCUUAACCAACUUUAAUUUACUGUUCAUGUAAUCCAGAAGAAAAUGGGCUUUGUGAGAAUACACACAAGUGGAUGUAUUUUAUAGCUACAACACUAUGUAAUGUUUUAAGGUUUUCAGUAAAGAUGUUCUGUGGAUGUUACAUGAAUUUUGAAAGCCAUUUUCUGCUCUUACUUAAUAUUUAACAAAUUACUGAUAGUUACAAAUACAGCCAGAAAAAAAACAUCACUAAGCAUUAUAAAAAGGAGUGAGAGGUUGAUGAAAAUGUAAUUUUAUUUUAAGAAAAAGUGAAUGGAACAGUUUCACCCGUUUCCAAAUUGUGAUG